GGCCCUACCAGCAGUUCUUAUGUUAAAGUAUGCAGAGACUUUUAUUUUGCCUAUUGUUUACACCCCACAUUGUAGCUGCAGGAAAUCUGUAGAGAGGAGAAGAAGAAAAAGUUAGACAGCAUGGUUAUAAGCAGCAUGGAAGUUUGUUGUUGUGCUCCUCCUUCUGUGUAGCUGUUCAAAGGCAUUCUCUUUUCACAAUUUUCCAUAUAAAGAGUCAACUUCACCCUCGGUGUCUCGGACUUAUUGUGUGGAGUUGUUUAGCUUGCUGGAUAGCUGAAUUAGGACAUUCUGUGAAGCCAGUACAGUGAAAAGAGAGACUUGUGAAGAGCUACUGAUGACCAAACUGCAGUAUUGUGCCGGCAGCCCGAACCAGUACGACAACUGCAACAUCGCUAGGAAGGAUUGAGGUAAAACACAUCCAUAGUAGCCAUGGACAGAGCAAAUGCAUCAGUCAGAUCAUCAGAUUCCCAUAUGAGUAGUGCUUCAUGUAAAGUUGCAUUGGCAGCAGCCACAGCACGUGCCAGAGCCCAAGCUGCGCAUGCAAGAGCUGCUUAUUCACGUAAAGAGAUUGAAUUAAAGAUGGAAAAAGCCCGUCUUGAUGCAACACUCAUCGCCUUAGAAAGGGAGAGAGAGGCAGAAGCCGCCAUGGCUGAAGCAGCAGUAAUGGAGGCUGCAGCCGUAGACUUUGAAGAUGAGUGCCGCAGUUGUGGACCAGAGUUACUGCCCAGGCAAAGUGCAGAACGGCGUACUGAGGAAUAUGUAGAAAGACACAGCCAUCUCAGUGGCAGCUCACAUUCACUCGAAGAUUUACACUCAUGUGAGGAGCAAAUACCCCUCAAUCCCAGUGCUUAUGUAUCUGUAUGUGGAGAUAAGGAAGGUGAACUCCCAACUCCUGAUCACCAUCAGCAAUGUGACCAUUUCGCAGAUGGUAACCCCCAUGUGGGCGAUGUUCGUGCGAAUACACAAGUGUGUACUGAGCCGAUGAGUACCCAGCUGCAUGCAGGCUUACCUGCUCACACACCCCGGCGUGCUGAACAAAGCGCGCUCAGGUCAGGCUUACCUGCUCACACAUCCAGGCACGCUGACCACAGUCCACUCAGGUCAGGCUUACCUGCUUACACCUCCAGGCGUGCUGACCACAGCGCACUCAGGUCAGGCUUACCUGCUCACACAUCCAGGAACGCUGACCACGGUCCACUCAGGUCAGGCUUACCUGCUCACACGUCCGGGCAUGCUCACCACAGCCCACUCAGGUCGGGUUUACCUGCUCACACAUCCAGACACGCUGACUACAGCCAUUUCAGGCCAGGCAUACCAGUUUAUACACACAGGCACAACGACCACAGCCCCACCACAUCUAGGGCUGCACACUGCCCCAGCGACACAGCCACAUCUGACUUAGCGAGGUACCUAGCACGAAGUCAGCUAGUGUCAUCAGGACUAACCAGGUUUGAUGAUAAGCCAGGAAAUUACUUAUCCUGGAAGAGCUCAUUCCUGAACACCAUUGACAGCCUAGAUCUUACAGCAGGAGAAGAGAUGGAUUUAUUAAUAAGAUGGCUAGGCCCAGAAUCUGCAGCACAUGCAAGGCGUAUUAGAUCAGUGAAUGUGAGAGAUCAAGCAGCAGGCUUAUGGCUUGUGUGGGAGAGACUGGAGGAGAUGUAUGGCUCACCUGAAGCUAUAGAGGGUGCUCUCUUCACUAAACUCGAUCAAUUCCCCAAAAUAUCAAACAAGGAGCAUCAUAAACUUAGGGAGCUGUCUGAUUUGCUGUUAGAGAUUCAUUCUGCAAAACGUGAAGGAUACUUACCUGGCCUAUCCUAUCUCGACACAACAAGGGGCAUAAACCCAAUAGUGGAGAAACUGCCAUACACGCUCCAGGACAAGUGGGUAAUGGAAGGCUCCCGAUACAAACAAGAAUUCAGGGUCCCUUAUCCUCCAUUUGAAUUCUUUUUACAGUUUGUACACAGGCAAGCAAAGGCACGCAAUGACCCAAGCUUUAGUCUUCCUCUCUUAAGUACAGCAGUCAGGAAAGAUAAGUUCAGUGAAAGCAGCCGAAGGACAGUUUCUGUGCAUAAAACUGACGUUGCACACUCCGACUCCGCAUCCACUGCCGAAGACCCAGAGAAGCAAUGUCCUAUGCAUCAAAAACCACACUCCCUGGAAGUGUGCCGCGGCUUCAGGGAAAAGCUAAUGGAUGAACGAAAGAGAAUACUAAAGGAGAAUAACAUAUGUUUUAAAUGCUGCGUGUCAAAUAAGCAUGUAGCCCGAGACUGUGAGGCAGCCAUCAAAUGUGCUGAGUGUGACAGCCAUAGACACCCAACAGCGCUGCACCCAGGCCCAGCUCCGUGGGUCUCCAAGACCUCUCCACCCCCAUCAGGGAAUGGCGGGGAGAGCGAUGAAGCAUUAGAAACUGCUGUGGUUUCCAAAUGCACGGAGGUAUGUGGGGAAGGCUUCAAUGGCAAAUCAUGCUCCAAGAUAUGUCUUGUGACGGUCUACCCGGCAGACUGCCGCAACCAGGGCAAAAGGAUGUACGCCAUGCUGGAUGACCAAAGCAAUAGGUCGCUGGCACGCUCAGAGUUUUUUGAUAUCUUCCAUGUAGGCGGGCCCACAUACUCUUACACUCUAAAAACCUGCUCUGGUGUUGGUGACGCGUCCGGCCGCCGAGCUACAGGCUUCGUCAUCGAACCUGCAGAUGGUGACAUCAGCCUAACUCUGCCCACACUCCUGGAGUGUAACAUGAUUCCCAACAACAGAGACGAAAUCCCCACUCAAGCCGCCGCGCACAGCCACCCUCACCUCAGAGCUAUAGCCAAUGAAAUACCAGAAGUGGACAUGAAUGCUGAGAUCCUGCUGCUUCUGGGCAGGGACAUGCUGAGAGCGCACAAGGUGCGUAAACAGAUCAACGGACCACAUGACGCACCCUACGCACAGAGGCUGGACUUAGGAUGGGUCAUAGUUGGCGAUGUGUGCCUGGGCAGCACACAUCGGCCUCCCGAAGUCACCAGCAUGAAAACAUACAUCCUUGAAAAUGGCAGGCCAAGCCACUUUCCCCCAUGUGAGAACCACUUGAAGGUAAAGGAGAAAAUCUGUUCCCCUAAUCAGCCCCAGCCUGUCAGCCGUGUGACAUACAGUGACAACCUGGGCCUAUCGGUUUUCCAGCAAACCAAGGAUGAUCACAAGCUUGCGCCAUCAAUGGAAGAUCUCCUAUUCCUUGAAACAAUGGAAAAUGAAUUCUUCCAGGAUUCGGCUAACAGUUGGGUGGCCCCGCUACCGUUCCGCCAACCCAGGGUGUCUGCCUAA